AUGAAGUUCACCCUCGCCAUCGCCACCCUCUUCCCCCUCCUCGCGCUCGCCGCGCCCCAGCCUCAGAACGCAGGCCGCCCCGUCCCCAACGGCGCGUGCUGUGUCGCCAACACGAGCUUGAAGCAGGAUGUCUGCAAUGUCAAUGGGCAGACCGGGCGUUGCGUGCCGGACAACAUUAACAACUGCGGCGCGCAGUUGACGUGUAUCGAGGACUCGCGAUUGACGUGUGAUCCUAACACUUUGGAGAGGGGCCGCCCGCUUUGCAGACGUACACCGGGUGCUUAG